AUGCUAAUUGCACGCAUUAGCCCAAUUUUGCAAGUGACACAUGCAACUGGUGGUCAGUUCAAAUACAAAGGACACACAAUAAGCUUUCCACAAAACAUUGAAAAUAUGGCCAAAAAAUUGCCACAUUUAGUUAAAGAUCUUCCAUUGAUUGUAGUUCGCAGAAAGGAUCAACAUGGGACAAGCUAUAAUUUCACAGUAAAUAAAUAUCGUGUCUACACAGCCCUACGAUACAAAAUUCAACAUGAUAAGUUUUACUCUGAUGUAAUUGUUGAUGAAAAUGCUCUAGACAAUAUACCGCCAAAUUUAGAUCAUAAUGUUUUUAACGAGUUAAGAACUGUGCAUAUGGAGUUUGAUUCUGAUAGAAAUGAAGUUAUUUUUGUGGGCCCCCUUAUGGAGACAGAUGAGAGAAACAUAAUAGAGCAUACAACGUCGAUGGAAUCCAAACCACCAAAUGCCCAAAGGGAAAUGGAGUUGAUUCGUGCAUGGGUCAACAAUCCUAAUGUAGACCCAACAACAAUGAUGGAUUGGCCCAUGAUCGGUGCAUCUCCCAUAAAUGAAUAUACAACGCCAGGAUUACUCAACAUGACUUUCCCAUCUUUAUUUCCCAAUGGUAAAUGUGAUUGGUUGGAAUCGAGACUAAGGAAAUUGCAUCUACAUGAAUUUGCCAAGCACCUCCUACGAUACAGAGAUAAUAGAUUCAGUAAGCAUCCAAGAUUUCGUUAUUAUAUGAUGAACAUGAUUAUGAGACAUCGUGCGCAUAGCUCCACAGCUGUUUGUGUAAAAAGAAGUCUGCACGAAAUGCCAAUCACAAUACAGGAGUUGCGUGAACACAUGGACAACACACCACAUUCGCAUCUAGCAGAUAGAUUGAUGCGAUUUGGAACCAGUUUAAGGGGAACAAGAUCUUAUUGGACAAAGUGUUGA